UUAGUUUGAAGCAGCCAAAAGAAGGAUCGGGGGGGGUGAAAUUCGGAAUUCUCAGAGUACUCGCAGCACUUGCAUAUAUAAAAAUGGUGUCAAUCAUAGAUAACCUACACACCAAGGUUAGAGGGGUUGAAAAAGUUGCAUCAGCACUUCUUUUUCAAAUGUCUUUAGUGAAUGCCGCGAGAACUCUUGCGAAAUCAACCUUCAAAAGGUCCGCCGAAUUAAGCACGAGAAUUUCCCAAAGAUCUUUUCGUGCUUCGGCAUUGGUUUCAUCUGAUAAAUUGUUUACCCAUCGCGACACGCCGGAAAACAACCCUUCCAUUCCUUUUGAAUUUACGGCUGAAAAUUUAAAGCGCGCUCAGGAGAUCAUGAAACGGUAUCCACCACAAUAUAAAAAAGCAGCGACGAUACCCUUGUUGGAUCUCGGUCAACGUCAACUCGGAUGGACAAGCAUAUCUGUCAUGAACGCCGUCGCGAAGUUGUUAGAAAUGCCACCCAUGCGCGUGUACGAAGUCGCGACCUUUUAUACCAUGUUCAAUAG